AUGGCCCGUUCCCGCGGGGGAUGUCUCAACUGUAAACGGCGCAAACGGAAAUGCGACGAGACGCGCCCAGGCUGCCAGGCUUGCGAGAAGCGGGGGAUCCUCUGCGAGGGCUAUGCCACGCCCUUGCGUUGGGCGAAUGGCAUCGCCUCGAGGGGCCGGUUCGCAGGCGCGUCGGCCCCGGAACCUCUCGUCGGAGAAGCUAGCAAGGCUCCGGCAGAUGAUGGAGACAGUGCCGGGCAGUCUUCCCCAAACUCAGCCUCUACCCCUGGCCACGCCGGCUCCGUCGCCGCUCGCUCUGACCUAUCACCGACCUCGACCGUGUCCGAUACGCAAGAGCAGGUGUUCAAGAAGUUUCUCCAUUCUGGACUGCAUCGGCUGUAUACGACGGAGCAGCACUGUUGGAUCCAGCCCUUCUUUGAAGAGAUGGGUAGGCAGAGCCCUGCUCUGGUCGUCAUCUCGGUUGCUAUCCAGGGCUACCUUGAUGACCGCGCCCGGGGCCUGUCGGUGGCAUCCAUGGAACGAGUCGACCUUGCCCUGCAAACCUUCCGACAAGAACUAUAUGACCGUCAUGAGAAGAUGCAUACCGCCACUGUCUGUGCUGGUCUGUUGGUCUGUACCAUUUGUCUUUUCCAAGCCUUACCGUGGACCAUGAACAUCGAUUUAAUGGUGAACGUCUACAACCUACGACAUAAACUGACCGUCCCCGGUCUAAUACCGAUAGAAGACUUGGGCACACGUCAUGUCUUGGAGGUGAUGGGUGUCAUGGAUCUCCCGUCGAUGGUCAUUGGUCGGACGGGCCAAUCCGUGGGAGUAUGGAAGCUCCUCCGCAAGCUCCAAGACACCCGAAAGGAGGGAAGAGUCGAUGGAAUCGAGGUCGCGUCAGGCAUGCCCAUGUCUCUGCUGGAUAUAUUCGCAAGCAUCCUCGACAAUGACGUCGAAUAUACCGAGAACAGGUUGUGGACCUGGGCAGGGCAGCUUGGCGAGUAUCUACAGUGUCAUCUGUGGGACUGUUGGAGGUUUUCAGCUAUCCUCGAAGUUCGGCGUCGACACAGGAUAGAACGGAAGCAGAAGGGAGUCGAGGUCAAUAACGACCAGGGCUCUGCUGCGGUUCCCAACACAGAGCUGAUCCUCUGCCGACUCAUGUCGUCAAUGGACGCCCUACAUCGAGCAUUCGAAUUGCCGCAGAACCAACAUCUCCUAGUUCACAACGGGCUCAUGUACCCUCUUGUCACCGUCAGCCUCGAGGUGCCCCUUCUGCAGGACCAUCCGGACUGGAAGCACACUCUCGACAGUGUGCGAGCCACUUUUCAAGAGAGGGAUACUUUUAACCUGAUCAACGUGAUAUUCGAUGUUCUGGACGAAGCGUGGCAGACUGGUACCUCGACUUUUGACAUUGAAGAGGCGGCACGUCAGCGGGGAGUUGAGAUUGCUCUUUUCUAG